UUCCGCCACGCGCGGAGGCCGAGGUAGAGACGGUGCGGGCCACCUUGGCGCGGCUUCGAGCGCUGACGCUCAGCGGACGGCGAGGCCGCAGCCGAUUCCGAGGGAGGAGGCGACUCCUCCCCCCCUGGCGCGAGCGGCCGCUGCUCGGCUGCCGGGCGCUCUGGCCGGGCGCUGGGCAGCGACCGCUCGCGUGGGGAUCCUGUGCUGUGAAUUGGGCGGUCGCGCCCGGACCCAUGCAGAGAGAAAGGAGGAGGAGGAGGAGGAGGCGGAGGAGGAGGAUGAGGAGGAGGAGGAGGGAGAAGGAUGGAGGAGGACAAUCACGAGGAGCAACAACAACAGCAGCAAGCGUAUGCAAAAAAGGGUCUACGUCCUGAUGGAGAUCAGGCCACUGCAGACAUUGAUGAAUCCAUUCCGCGAGGAGCUUGACUUGUUCGGAGGAGGAGGAGGGAGAAGAAGGAUGGAUGAGGAGGAGGAGGAGGAGGACGAGGAGCAGCAACAACAACAGCAGCAAGCGUAUGCAAAAAAGGGUCUACGUCCUGAUGGAGAUCAGGCCACUGUAGACAUUGAUGAAUUCAUUCCGUUGCUGUAG